AUGCACUCCACAACUACUCUUAUCAGCACCAUCGCUGCCAUCUGCGCAACUGCCAAUGGCGCUCUCACCCGUGUCAACAACUUUGGGUCCAACCCAACGAAUCUCCAGAUGAACAUAAACGUUCCAGCAAAAUUGGCCACCAAGCCCGCCGUCCUCCUGGCUCUGCAUCCCUGCGGAGGUUCUGGCGAGAGUUACGCAUCAUCGACAAAGUACAAUGCCCUCUCAGAGCAAAAGGGCUUCAUCACCAUCUUCCCUUCGACCAAGAAAGACAACAACUGCUGGGAAGUCAACACCGCAAAGGGCCUCUCUCACGAUGCAGGCGGCGAUAACCAAGGCCUUAACAACAUGAUCCAAUAUGUCAUCAAGACAUACUCGGCCGACCCAGCCAAGGUCUUCGUCACUGGCAGCAGCUCAGGAUGCAUGAUGACUAACGUCAUGAUGGCCACCUAUCCCGAUGUUGUCAAGGCCGCAACCUGCUACUCUGGAGUGGCAGCAGGUUGCGUAGCCGGUAGCCCAGGAGCAAGUCCCAGUACCGCCGACCCGCGCUGCGCAAACGGCCAGGUCAUCAAAACCCCAGCAGAGUGGGCUGCGCAAGUCAAAGCCAUGUACCCAGGCUUUAACGGCCAAUAUCCCCGCCUUAUGACCUACCACGGAACCGCAGACACCCUCGUCAGGUACCCCAAUCUGGGCGAGCAGCUCAAGGAAUGGAGCGAUCUUCUUGGUGUUUCUUUCACAAGGAAUGUUACAAACACUCCCCAGAACGGUUACACAUCUAUGAUCUACGGCGAUGGCACUAAGCUUGUAGGUGUCAGCGCACAGAAUGUUGGACACUAUGUUCCUCCUCAUGAGGAUGCGGACAUGAAGUGGUUCGGCCUCUAA